GCGGACCCGGAGGACGGAGCGUGUGCGCGCGCGCCGGGCAGGUGCGCGGCGGCCGGGCGGGCCCGAGCGCCACUCCGGGCGCGGGAGGACGGCCCCGGGAGGGAGCGAGCAGACGGUCGGUCUCCGGCGCGGCAGCUCGUUCUCGCCUUUCGCUUCCACACAGGAAACGUUCGCGCUGCCCCACGCACGCUGCCCGAGUCUCGGGGAAGCCCAGGUUACAUAAUGGAAUAUGAAAAUUACCUCAAGGAAUUUUAUAUUUCGGGAUAACUGAUUGUUUAUCUUCUGACUCCACCUUUGAACUCAUCUUUUUGGUGUCCUUUUGAGGCAAAAAAAAAAAAAAAACCCAAAGAGAUUAUACCAUGGAUUACAAGGAAAGCUGCCCAAGUGUAAGCAUUCCCAGCUCUGAUGAACAUAGAGAGAAAAAGAAGAGAUUUACGGUUUAUAAGGUCCUGGUCUCUGUGGGCAGGAGUGAGUGGUUUGUCUUCAGGAGAUAUGCAGAGUUUGACAAGCUUUAUAAUACCUUGAAGAAACAGUUUCCUGCUAUGGCCCUUAAGAUUCCAGCCAAGCGGAUAUUUGGUGAUAAUUUUGAUCCAGAUUUUAUUAAGCAAAGAAGAGCAGGAUUGAAUGAAUUCAUUCAGAACUUAGUUAGGCAUCCAGAGCUUUACAACCAUCCAGAUGUCAGAGCAUUCCUUCAAAUGGAUAGUCCAAAACAUCAGUCAGAUCCAUCUGAAGAUGAGGAUGAAAGAAGUACUCAGAAGAUAUUACACUCUACCUCACAGAACAUCAACUUGGGACCAUCUGGAAAUCCUCACCUUCCUUGUUGGCCGGCCUGUUCAGAGGCGUCAUGUGCCAAACCAACAGACUUUGAUUUCUUAAAAGUUAUUGGAAAAGGCAGCUUUGGCAAGGUUCUUCUUGCAAAACGGAAACUGGAUGGAAAAUUUUAUGCAGUCAAAGUGUUACAGAAAAAAAUAGUUCUCAACAGAAAAGAGCAAAAACAUAUUAUGGCAGAACGUAAUGUGCUCUUGAAAAAUGUGAAACAUCCAUUUUUGGUUGGAUUACAUUAUUCUUUCCAAACAACUGAAAAACUUUAUUUUGUUCUGGAUUUUAUUAAUGGAGGGGAGCUUUUCUUUCACUUACAAAGAGAAAGGUCCUUUCCUGAACACAGAGCUAGAUUUUAUGCUGCUGAAAUUGCCAGUGCUUUGGGUUACUUGCACUCCAUCAAAAUAGUGUACAGAGACUUGAAACCAGAAAAUAUUCUUUUGGAUUCCAUAGGACAUGUUGUCUUAACAGAUUUUGGACUUUGUAAAGAAGGAAUUGCUAUAUCUGACACCACAACAACAUUUUGUGGGACACCAGAGUACCUUGCACCUGAAGUAAUCAAAAAACAGCCUUAUGACAAUACUGUCGAUUGGUGGUGCCUUGGUGCUGUUCUAUAUGAAAUGCUGUAUGGAUUGCCUCCUUUUUAUUGCCGAGAUGUUGCUGAAAUGUAUGACAAUAUUCUUCACAAGCCCCUAAGUCUGAGGCCUGGAGUGAGCCUCACAGCCUGGUCCAUUCUGGAAGAACUCCUGGAAAAAAACAGGCAGAAUCGACUUGGUGCCAAAGAAGACUUUCUUGAAAUUCAGAAUCAUCCUUUUUUUGAAUCGCUCAGCUGGACUGACCUUGUACAAAAGAAGAUUCCACCACCAUUUAAUCCUAAUGUGGCAGGACCAGACGAUAUCAGGAACUUCGAUACAGCGUUUACAGAAGAAACAGUUCCAUACUCUGUGUGUGUGUCUUCUGACUAUUCUAUUGUGAACGCCAGUGUGCUGGAGGCAGAUGAUGCUUUUCUUGGUUUCUCUUAUGCUCCUCCUUCAGAAGACUUAUUUCUGUAACAUUUUGCUAUCGAGGAAGCAUUGAGUACAUAUAAGCCUAUGAGUAGGACUGAAACUCCUGUUUGUGUGAAUAUUCAAAAUGUUUAACUAGUGCCUCACUUCUAAUGUAAUGUUGAAAACUAUGAAAAAUGUAUUUUCUGCUGUAUGCAAGAAAAUAGGGCAUUUCAAAGAGCUGUUUUGAAUUAAAUUUGUAUUCUUGUUUAUUAUGCUUAUUUUUAAACAGAAGUUUAAAGAGCUAUUGUUCUUAGCAUUAACCUAUUUUUAAGACAACUUUUGCUAUUGACUGUUUUUUUCUCUAAGUUUACACUAACCUCUACCUGAGAUAGACUGUUUUUUAAUAGUCUUCUUUCAAUUCAGUUAAUGUAUAUGAAUGCCUUUGUAACUCUAUACCUUGACCUUUAUUCUCAGAUCAGAACUAUGCAAGUGGUACACGAUUGUUUCAAAAAUAAAACAUAUUUUUCCAUAAUAAAUCACAGACAUAGCAAGUUCUUAGUAGGAUUAAAAUAUAAAAACAUAAUACAUUGGCUGCUAAUCAGCACUUUGCAUUCUGCAGCUCAAAUAAAGAAGUAACAAAAGGAAAUCCUUUGCUUUUGAAAACCAGUUCAAACCUAUGACUUUUUCGUCUGAAGGAAAAAUAAAAGUUUGGUAGAAAUUGUAAGUAUUCCCAGAGAUCUGAAGGGGUAAUAAAAUACUGCUGGAUUUUUUUAAGGUGGUGCCAAAAAUGAAUGUCUCUGUGUCAUGUAUUUUAUACUAAUGCAUUUAUGUGUGUGUGUUUUUUUUAAUGUUUAGUUUGCUGUUGCAUAGAGUCUAAAUUGUGGUAUUUGCUUUGGCAGAUUCUGUCUAUUCAGAAUUAUCUUUCUGGUGAGUUGAUAGGUAGAAGAUUUGAGCUUUCUAGAGUAUUUGCCUAAUUGAGAAUUUAGAGAAUUGCAGAUUUCGAGUCAAUAUAAUCAUUUCACCUAAUUGAAAAUUUAAGUAUAGGAUAGCAAAUUAUUAGUCAAUAUAAUAUAUACAGUUUCACUAUAAUGUAACAAAAUUUUAAAAUAAUUUAAACAGAUCCUUAGUCAAUAUUUUAUCUUACUAGAAGUACAAAAAAACUAAAAAUUAUUUUUAACCACUUAACUUGUAAUUAAUUAUAAAAGAAAAUAAUUACAGAAAAUUGUAAAGGAGUAUCUUUAUCGGAAUUCUGAUCUAGUUUAGAGGUUUUCCAAGUUAUGUAGGAAACACUGUGAAAAUUUAGUGACCUGGUUUAGAUUCCAAGAACAAGUGUUCUCUAUACUUCACACCAAUGCCCUUUACUCAGAAACAUUCAGUAAAAUAGGGAGAGUUAGUCUGCUUCUGUAGAUUAAUAAUACCUGUACCUAAUACACUGAAUCUUCCUUUAGAGGCAAGACUUUAGUAGCAACACUGUAAAUACUCAAUUUAUUUGGCACUACUGUAAGUUAUCCUAUUACGUAAAGUUUUUUUGCUUAUUAUAAAGCAAAGUUAAAAAGUUUCUUGUAUGUUUUUUACUUAGUCACUCCUUAAUUAAACUGCCAAAACUUAAAGUGCAAUAUUGUAUAUUUUUAAGAAGAAAUUUUAGAAUAUUGAUGUUUCCCAGAUAACAAAUAAGAAUCAUAUGUAGUAUAAUAAAGUAAAUAAAAAUAUUACUGAUUAAUGCCUGUCAUUUUAAAAUUGGUUAUGAUUAAAAUACUCAUCACAAAAAUAAACUAUAUGUAUGAGCAAAGUAUAGUUUAACAAAAUAUUUGGGUAUAUAUAAAAAGAUCAUAUACUGAUGUAUUUAAAAUUUAUAGACCAAAAUCUAAAUUUAAACUUAUCUUUUCUCUCACAGUAUGCUAAGACAGAAAAAGAAAAAUUAUGCCCUUUGAAUAGUUGAACCAUUUAAUGCUUAUUGCCAAAAUAAACUUAAAGGUUGGAAUGAAGUCUCCUUAAUAUUUUCAUGUUACCUCUCAUUUUAUUGUAUAUAGUAUAGGUAAAGAACAUCUACUCCACCAGCAGCCUUCCUACCCAAAUACACAUCCUAGCGCAGAUUAAAAAUGAUAAAAUUUGGUUCAUUUGGAAGAGAUGCUCAGUGAUACUGAUAAUAGCAGCAAGUACUCUCUCCAAAAUUUUAACAUGCCAGAAUAAUUUUUGAAUUUGAGACACUUAUAUAGAGAGCCAGCUAACACUAAAGGUAAUUUUAUCAGUAAGAUAUUAAAAGAUGGUUUCAGUAUUCUAAUUUUAUUAUAAAAAAUUAGCAUUGAUUCAUGUUAAACUAUGGUAAAUUUUUUUCUGUUCCUAGUCUCUUAGCAUUUUUUAUUAGUGUAGUGAUUUUCCUUGGGCUUACUAAAUAUACAGAUAUUUUUAUGUUAGUCUUUUUGUAUAUCAUAUGCUGUAUGAAAAAUGGGAGUGGUUAUGUAGAAACGUUUAUAAUGCUGAAAUGACUGUCAAUAAAGCAUGUUAAAAUUUGUAACUUAAUUCCUUAUACACA